AUUAAAUUUGAAGUUUCUGCAUUUUUUCCUUAAAUAAUAGGGAACCUCGAAAUGCAUCACCCUUUACUUACUUCAAAUACGUUUUCGCAAUGAGCAUCUAUUAAGUUAAUGACUUUGAUAAUGGUUAAAUUACACGGAAAACCCUUGACGAAAUGGGUUAGUCACUUUCAUCGCCGAUAGUUGUAAUUUCUGGUUUUUCACUUCACACCUCGCCGAAGAUGGCGCCGGACUUGUUUGCUGUUGGUGUGCUCUGUUAUUAUAAACUCCUGCGUUUGCUUCACUUCACCGACUUGUAUUACAAUGCAACUUUAAAGCGUCUUGAGUUUCAACCUCGAUAUUCCCGGUUACGGCGAGUCAUACUUAAAAUUUAUUAUUCGAUUUUCGGCAUUUACGCAACAUAUUUCAUAACUAUACUUUUGUUAGUCGUAAUCAGUUUAACGGAGGAACCAGAUAUAUAUACAACACUUGAAGUGGUGAGCGUAGCAUACGUAACCCUUGUAUUAUCGAUGUAUAUGGCGACUUUUCUUAUAAUCUCACACCAAAUACGCAAGAAAAAGACGCAAAAGUUUUUGAAACAGUUUUUUAACAAACUUUUUGAAAUGCACCAAAAUAUCUUACGGCUGACCGGACAACAUGUAGUUAUAGAGAUACCCACAGCCUUACUGCUGAUGGUAAAAUUAAUAUUCAUUGUUUGGAUUUUAUUCGCAUCUUGGCAGAUAACCAGCUAUGUGAGAAAUUUAGCAGCUUUUCCCAUUUUCGAACUCGCCUUUAUUGCAAACUAUUUAGUCAUUGCAAGAUUGUUGAAACUCCAGCAAGAGUUAAGCAAAUGGAUUGGAAAUCACGAGGCUCAAUACAGUUUCAAAUCUCAAUGCACAGCGGCUUGCAAAACGAGCAACUACCCGAUUCUAAAGGCAAUCUCUUUGUGGAGUCAAUCGUGUAAAAUAACAGCAAACUUUCUGAAUCAGUUCAUUUGGUAUGAAAAACUGGUUCUACUCGAAAAUAUAUUCUGCAUUUAUUUGUCCCAUCAAUUCAUUGUGUGCAUAUUUUUUAAACAAUAUUAUCAUGGAGCUCUGCUGCCAGAUGCUCUAAACCACACUUUCAAUAUGCUCCUCAUUGGCAUGGUUAAUGAUUCGUUGAAGUAUGAGGAAGAUUCUCUCAACAACACAAUGACGGCAUUGGUCGCCAAAUUGACACACCAAACACGGUUGUGCAAGAGCUGUAGAGAUCUUCAAAGAGCGAUCGAUAUUUGCUUCUGUUGCCGAAAUGUGCGUUCCAAUGGCAUCUAUAUUUUCGGGAGUUUCUGGACCAGAGGUUACGUAAUCGAUAUUAUCCAAAGCUUAGUAUUAUUGGGAGUUAGUAUCACGCAAUUUGAUACACAAGGAACGUACAAUUGUAACUUUGACCCUGAAUAUUUGGACACAUUUGAAGCGCUCUAAUGCACCAGGACAUGACAGGCACAUGAAAGAGGACAAUUGAGGUCACAUGAUGAAACUAACCGUGGAAGAUGAAUGGCGGAAA